UUCUUUUCAUGUUCAUCAAAUCCCAUACACUCUUUCCACCCUCAGUUUAUCGCGUCUUUCUUUCUUCCAGUCACUCUUUACAAACCUAGGUUGACCCGAAUUCCAAUGACUACUUCUCUUCUCUUACAGCUUUUGUUCCUCCUGCCAUUUGUUUCUGCCUUUGUUCAUCCCGGACUUUUAGUCACGAGCAGUGACAUCACUCGCAUUAAGACAAAACUCGCGGCGCAGCUAGAUCCAUGGCAAAGUUCAUGGAAUAAACUUAUCAGCAUUAAAUACUCCCAGUCUACAUACACCAACAAUGCUGUCUCCAGCGUUUACCGCGACACCGUGGGCGAUGUUCACGCGAACGCCCAAAAUCUCUGGCACGAUGCCGCCGCCGCUUUCAACCUCGGACUGCGCUGGAAAGUCGAGGGCGAUCCUCAAUUUGCCAAAGCUGCGGCAAAUAUCCUCACCGCCUGGGGAGAAAAGCUCACGAACUUUGAUAUAGGAGAUGACAAGUACCUCACUACUGGCUUACAAGGGCAUCAGUUAGUCAACGCUGCUGAGCUCAUCCGAGACUACGCUCCAUUCGCCGAUAGUGGGUUAAAGACCUUCACCGACAUGUUCAGCAAUGUCAUUUUGACUAAGAAUAUGUUCUUCCUCAACCAUGAAGCUGGUUCGGAGCAUAACCCCAAGCACUUUUUUGCCAACUGGGAGCUCUGCAACAUGGCAUCGGUCAUGGCCUUCGGAGUUUUUACUGAGAACCAGACUCUUUUUGAUUUCUCUGUCGAGUACUUUAAGACGGGAAUAGGCAAUGGUGCAAUUAACAAUGCCAUAUCAAACCUUGUGCGAGAACCGGGGACCGGCAAAGUGAUUGGACAACCCCAAGAGAGCGGGCGCGAUCAGGGCCACACAGGAUUGGAUUUCCAACUGCUUGGCGUAAUCGCUCAACAAGCCUGGAAUCAAGGCGUGGAUCUCUACAGUUAUAAUAGCAGUCGUAUUCUUCUCGGUGCCGAGUAUUAUGCGCGCUAUAACCUGGGGAAUGACGUGCCUUUUGUGAAUUACACAAACGGAAUCGUGUUUUACGACCAGAUCAGCUCUGCUUCUCGCGGUGCCUACAGGCCAACUUGGGAGUUGCUCUACGCUCAUUAUGCCCAGAUCAAGGGACUUGAUGUACCAUGGACAGAACAGUACAAAAAUCAUACCGUUGAGUCGAUGGGCGGUUUUGAGGGCGGUGCUGGAUCCUGGGGCGAAGGGUCGGGUCAUUACGAUGGGCUUGGCUGGGGGUCAUUGCUCUAUCAUUUGGAUUCGUCUGAUGUUGAUGCUCUUUCAUCACCCACCGGCCAGACUUCGUCAAUCAGCUCUUCCUCCGCAGUCUUGACUGGCGCAACUGCGCACUCAGAUAUCUCCAGCUCUACUUCUGUCAGCCCUGUUUCCACCUUCAUCCCCACCACAACUACUCUCUCUUCUGCCUUAGCCCCCGGCACCACUUUCGCAACAUCCACUAGUUCUACGAGUUCCACAGCCUCUGCCAGCUCUACGACCUACAUAUAUGAAUACGAUUGCGGCUUCUAAAAUAGGAAUGAGUCUGUGGAGAAAUUCGACCUCUUUCCACAGUACAUACCAACCGCAUUGGACAAGCCAGAGGCUCCGGAGGACACGUGACUUUGAAGUGAUCAUCAACUUCAAUUCUAUCUAACUUCCACCAUCUGCCUAUUUGUAUCGCGGCC